UUAUAAUAGUACAUGUACAAAAGCCCAAGGUGGGAACAGGCGUUGCAUUACGAUGCUAUUCGGAGCGGGGGACCUGAAGAAAAAAACUCAGGGGUCGAGAUAGAAGGUCCCUAAUUUGCAGGUUUUGAGCAUCUUAACACUGAGCCAGAUUAUCAAUAGAUGUUCAUUAAGGGUAUAACGCUGCGCGUGAGUAGUACGUCUCCAUAGGAGCUCGUCUGCCAUUGGGUUUUCAACUUCAUCAUCAUCUUGACACAGCCCUGAAAGUUGAUGGUUUGGAAACCCAGACGAGAAAGGCAGAAGUCCGUGCGUAAUUUUGUAAGCGACUCCAGCGUUAUGUUUAGCCCGGUCUCGACAUCUGCAUAUAUCGGGUGCCUCCAAUCUUUUGUCUGGUCACGACUAGAUCCUCGAAUGUUUGGGAUUCUCUUUUCGUGUAUUCCAAACCCAUUCUCACAACCCAAUUCCCACUUCCCAACAGGGUCAUGCGAACAUUGCGCAAGCUGCGCAGCUGGCUCAUACACGCCCUCUUCAUCAGACAUAAAAUACGAUCAUAACGAGGACACUAAUGACGAGGUUGCGCCCUGGAAUGCAGAAUACCUCCUCUUACUCGUGCUAAAGCACAACGACGUUGCCACAGUCCACGAACUUAGAGGCGAGGCACCCGGUCUCUUGAGCUGGCGAAUACUCGGCGAAUCAUGCGGUCAUGUUGCUUGCUACGAUGCCAGUGCAGCAAGUACAAAUACUCAAUGAGUGCAGCUGCCGCGGCGGAGAUGGUGCGAUCGACGAGGGGUCGUAGAUGCUGAUCUUUGGAUGAGGCGUGCUUGAGGGCUCAUGUCGAGACGGUGUGUUUCCU